GAGUACGGAGUAGUGGCCAUCGGUUGGGAUGAGUACGGAGUAGUGGCCAUCGGUUGGGAUGAGUACGGAGUAGUGGCCAUCGGUUGGGAUGAGUACGGAGUAGUGGCCAUCGGUUGGGAUGAGUACGAGUAGUGGCCAUCGGUUGGGAUGAGUACGGAGUAGUGGCCAUCGGUUGGGAUGAGUACGGAGUAGUGGCCAUCGGUUGGGAUGAGUACGGAUGGCCAUCGGUUGGGAUGAGUACGGAGUAGUGGCCAUCGGUUGGGAUGAGUACGGAGUAGUGGCCAUCGGUUGGGAUGAGUACGGAGUAGUGGCCAUCGGUUGGGAU